CCUCAAAAAAAGCAGGGGAGAAGUGGCGAGAAUCAAAACAACGUAGAGCAGUCCAGAAACUUGUGAAACUAACAAGAAUCUUUCACAUUUGCUAUUCCAUUGCUGUAAUGCACAGCAUCAUUCACCACCGCCUCCCACUCUCUCUCCCAGCAAGGCUCGUGCCUUCCCUCAGCAUCUCCACCUCUUCCCAACAACCCGCCAUGGAAGAGAAGCAGCAGGAGCUCAUCAAUCAAGUCCUCACAUACCACCACCAAACCAAACACUCCUUCACCAAAUACGCCCGCUCCGCCCCCUCCCUCGACUGGGCCAACCAGCCCAAUCCCUUCCGCCGCUACCUCUCCUCCCCCCUCCUCCCCCUCCCCCACCCCGAUCACCCCAAUCCCACCUCCCCCCCUUACCCCUCCCUCUCCAAUUCCCUCCCGCCCCCAAAACCCCUCUCCCAAUCCACCAUCUCCGAAUUCCUCCACAACUCCCUCGCCCUCUCCGCCUGGAAAACCACCGGAUACUCCACUUGGUCGCUCCGCGUCAACCCCAGCAGCGGCAAUUUGCACCCCACCGAGGCUUACGUCGUCUCCCCACCUGUAAGCUCCCUCUCCGACUCCUCAUUCGUCGCCCACUACGCGCCCAAGGAGCACGCGCUCGAGCUCAGGGCUCUAAUCCCACAUGAAUUCUUCUCCCUGCUACCGAAAAAUUCAUUCUUGAUCGGGCUCGCGUCGGUGUUUUGGCGGGAGGCGUGGAAGUACGGGGAGAGGGCGUUUAGGUACUGCAAUCACGACGUGGGGCACGCGGCAGCGGCGGUGGCCAUGGCCGCCGCCGGGCUCGGGUGGGAUGUUAGGGUUUUAGAUGGAUUAGGGCAUGAGGAGCUGGAGAGAUUGAUGGGGUUGGAGGUUUUCCCCAAAUUUCACAUUCCGAGCAGGCCGGUGAAGGGGAGGAUGCCCGAGCUCGAAUUCGAGCAUCCUGAUUGUGUGUUGCUGGUUUUCCCCAGUGAUUCAGGGGAAUUCGAGGUUGAUUACGGGAAGCUGAGAUCGGCGGUGAUGGAAUUUUCGAAUCUUGAAUGGAAGGGGAAGCCGAAUGUGCUUAGUAAGGAGCAUGUGUGUUGGGAUGUCAUAUAUAGAACAGCGGAGGCUGCGGUGAAGCCAUUCGAGAUGGGGAAAGAGUUGGUGGCGGAGAUGUUUAGGAGUAGUGGGAUGAUUAGUGAGAGUUGUUAUAAGGGGUUUAGUCUGAGUGAGGUGGUGAGGAAGCGUAGGAGUGCAGUUGAUAUGGAUGGUGUUACUGUGAUGGAGAAGGAGACAUUUUAUCAGAUUUUGCUGCAUUGUAUGCCUUCGGGCGGUGGAGUGAGCCAGGGGAAGCAGUUGGCAUUGCCCUUCCGGGCCCUGCCUUGGACCUGUCAAGUUCAUGCCGUUCUUUUUGUUCAUAGAGUUGUGGGUUUGCCUAAUGGUUUAUACUUCUUGGUGAGGAAUGAGGACCAUUUCAAUGAUAUUAAAUCUUCCACAAAGUCGGAAUUUAAGUGGGCGAAGCCUGAUGGCUGCCCAGACGACCUUCCUCUCUACGAGCUCGAACAAAAUGACUGUCGCGAGCUCUCCAAGCGGCUUUCCUGUCAUCAGGACAUUGCUGCUGAUGGCUGCUUCAGCCUUGGUAUGGUGGCUCAUCUUGAGCCAACUUUGCGGGGGAUUGGUGCAUGGAUGUAUCCACGGCUAUUUUGGGAAACUGGAGUUCUUGGUCAAAUUCUCUAUCUCGAAGCACAUGCAGUCGGGGUUUCUGCUACUGGAAUUGGUUGCUUUUUUGAUGAUCCUGUGCACGAGAUUCUCGGGUUGCAGGGCUCCAAGUUUCAGAGCCUUUAUCAUUUCACGGUUGGUGGCCCGGUGGCGGAUAAGCGGAUAAUGACCUUACCUGCGUAUCCCGGGCCCAGCUGUGAUGCUUAAAACAACAGUGCAAUGAAAAAUAAAAUGCCCAAAGUGAUCAUCAUUCAUCAAAGGACUUGGUAAGGAAAUUGAUUGUUUGCAGCUAAUGAAAAUUGUUACAGUAUAUAAAAGGUUUUAUUGAAUUUAAGUAGGUAGAUCAAAGCAGGUGUAAAUGGCUGUAUGUUUACAUAUUGAUGCAAAUUUUGUAAUAUCUUAGCACGAAUCAAGAUUUUAUUUAAGAUUUGAUGAUAUUGUACCGAAUAAAUAUCAUGAAUAAAUAAUAAUUGAUGUACCAAA